GGCCCUGUAAGGUAUUUCCUGCUUCAUGUAUUUCAUUCUGAAUUACUAUGUUUCCUUGUGUUCCCAUGUUACUUUGUUUUACUUCAUACUCUGCUUAUGUUUGCAUAAUUGUCUUUGCAAAGGAGCCUUGAAUAUUUUCUACCACAGUACCUUCUCGUGUGUGUGUGUGUGUGUAUACAGUCAGGUUUUGUUGGAUUCUGAACCGCUGUUCUGCUGUACUUUCUAUACAUGUUCAGCUGUUUGAAAAUUCCUGAGUGCCUAAUUGUGAUCAUCACAGCCUUACAAUUUACCUACUUCCGGUUUUAACUAACAGUCUUAAUAUAAAGCAUGACCUUCCAAAGGCUUGUGUGGAUUGGAUUGUGUGGAUUGUGUGAAAUGGAUUAAGAAAGGCUUGUCAGAGAUGCGCCACGGCUUCGGUAGCGGCCGUCUCUCUUCCUCGCCUUGAGCCACGCCAGCUCCUGCCUCCUGAGACCGUUGAAAUCGGGUGCUCCCUGCCCACACGGUAACCAUGUGCGACCGAAAGGCGGUGAUCAAAAAUGCGGACAUGUCGGAGGAGAUGCAACAGGACAAGGUGGAGUGCGCUACCCAGGUGCUGGAGAAAUACAACAUAGAGAAGGACAUUGUGGCCCAUAUCAAGAAGGAGUUUGACAAGAAGUACAAUCCCACCUGGCACUGCAUCAUGGGGAGAAACUUCGGUAGUUAUGUGACACAUGAAACCAAACACUUCAUCUACUUCUACCUGGGUCAGGUGGCCAUCCUUCUGUUCAAAUCUGGUUAAAAGCAUGGACUGUGCCACACAUCCAGUGAUCCAUCCAAAAACAAGGACUGCAGCCUAAAUUCCAAAUAUCAGAGACUGAAAUCUUCAGCCUUGCUAAGGGAACACCUCAAUCUUUGAACCUUUAUUGUGUUUUGUACAGGGCAUUCUCUGUACUAGUUUGUUGUGAUUAUAAAACAAUUAGUAAAACAG